GACCAGAAAACGAGAAUAUAUAUUUUCGAUUUGACAGCAGGACUCGGAAGAAAAAGUGGUAUGUGCAGCCGCAGGUAGGAGAUGACGCAUACAUCACCAAAAACGCAGAUAGGUACGUACCCGACACGAGGGCGGAGAAAAGUUGGAUCGAGAAACACAAGAACGUCAAAAGGUAGAGCGAUGUGUGUACAGAGGACGAGGUGUUCUGAUGUAAGGUACAGGUACAAUGGCGAGGUUAGACAGACAGGAGGAAAUCAAAGCAAUGGAUGA